AUGCGUAAAAUAUGCGCAGAACAGUUAGGCAGUGGUAAUAAAAAGGACGAUGAUGGCGGUGUUGCGUUAGAAAUAUUUAAAUCUCGAAGUGUUAAUUUGGAUCGGAAAAACAACAAAUGCAUUAUCGAGGAUUUGAAGAGUACGAAAAAUGUUUUAAAGCCCAGAGCAUAUAAUUCUGCUGUUAUUGUGCAAGUUUUAAAAUCAGGAGGAACGACCAAGAAAAUUAAAAUAGAUGAUCAGAAACAGGUCAGCGUCUGCAAUAGGAUUCAUGGUCAAAAAGCUAUCUAUACUCCAAUAUUUAUACGAACGAAACAAAUUCCUCAAAAAAGCCGAAUGGAAGAAAACUUAUGUCCAUGUACUUCUUAUGUAGACGAUAAAGAAAAAGAAUCGAUGCUUUUACCCGUUGAGUCUCCCAGAAAUAAGGAAACUCAAAAUGUUUGUUGGCCACUUCCAAAACCCGAAAUCGUCGAUUCAGAUGAUAAAUUUCUUCAAGCUCUAAAAGUUUGCUCCAAGGAUUUUCAACAAAAUACAGUUAAGAAGCGAAGUAAAAAGGAAAUCGAAAUAACAGUCAAACCAUUUGAUAAAAUAUGGAUCGUAGAAAAUAAAAAUAUGGAAAGUAAUUGGAUUCAGAAAACUAUGGCUUGUAUUUCUGGAUCCCUAUCGAAUGCACCAAUUUCACCUAACGUUAUGAAAAAUCAGGCACAAUUUUUUAUAACUUUUGCACUCUUGAACAAUGAUAGAGUGAAUUCGAUAAUAUCACGUCUUAAUAAGGCAUUAUUUUCAUGUAAACCGCAUUUUUUCCAAAAAGAAUGUGCUGCAAUGGCAAAGACUUUUUCCUUGGCUCAUAUUAAUUCUAUAUCGAAUGAACUAUUACGUUUCGCCAUCCUUCGAGAAUACGACAAGGGUGCUAUGACGAAAUUCGUGUCGUUAGAAAAGGAAGCCUAUUGCAAGAAAAAUGUGUUCCCACUAAAAGGUGAUGUUGAUUAUAAAAUAAUGGAAAAAAAGCUGAAUCUUUUGUUAACGAUGAAGCCUGAUGAUCUUUUGAUACAUGACGCGGAAUCACUACCUAUACUAAAUGACGUCAAAUUGCCUGAAACUUUCUCUUAUAAUCAAUUUGCUGCCAUUUUAAUGCUUACUGAAUUUUUGUAUACAUUUCGUUUCUUUUUACAGACAGAAUGCAUUCCUUCAGCAGAUGAAUUGAUGAACGCUCUUCAUGACGGUCGUAAAGGUUAUUUUGGCAUUGUUGGUCAUAUACUGAUUUCUCUCGUAAAAUCUAUCCUUUGUGAUGUGCAUAAGCAGAAAAUAAUUGUUUGUGGCGUUAAUAUUCAGUCAAUCCCGGUUACUUUAUCAACUGUUUGGGAAAUCAUGAAGGCGAUUUUUCUUAGUCGAAAUCAACAUGAAAUUACUUUCGAUUCAGUUAAUAUUGCGGAUUCGUGUGACGCGUCACUUUCAUCUGGUUCAGAUUCCUCAAUCACAAAUGGAGAUAAUGCAGAAACUUCCUUAGAUUCGGAAAUAACCAAAGAAUUUUUUGAAUUAUCUGUCGAUUCGCAGUUGGAUAACUUGGAAAAGUUGAUGAACAUGAUCUUUGGGACAAAAGCAUUCGCAGAUUAUAUGUUUAGUUUCCAUUCUGAUAUAAACCAGACAAAGCAGACAAUCAAACAGCUGGAAACUAAGAUUUCCGACUUAACGGCGGUUUUAAAAAAGAAAGAGGAAGCGCCCAUUGUAAAAUAUUUUUUUCGAUGUCCGGCUUUAGAAAAUAAGGAGAUCGAAAGUCUGAAGGAAAAAAUCGAGAAUGUCAAAUGCGAACUACAAGAGAAAAAUAAUAAAUUAAAAUGUUGGUGGGCAUCGAAAGCUCUUCCAUUUAGAAAAAUGGAAGAAACUGAUUUUAACGAGUGCAACAGUAACAGUGAGUGCAACAGUUCUGAUGUAUACGAAGAACUACUUUUAAAUAAUGAUAUGUCGACAUUUUCGAUGAAACAUGAACUAAUGUUGCCUAUGGAUAAUGGAUCUUAUACUUGGUACAGAAUCACGGACGAAUCUACUUUUGAAAGAUUAUUGGUGUCUUUAUGCAAAAAUGGUCUUAGAGAAUCAAAGCUUUACGUUAAUAUCAAGAAAAAUUUAUCGGAUAUUUGCAAUUCUUGGAAUGUGGGAAGUUCGAAUCUUUAUAUAAAGCGGAUAGAGUUGCAAACAGUUAACGAAAAAGAUUUAUUGAAGGAAAGUUUCAUCGAUCUUAUAAUACGCCUAAAAAACGCAAAGUUUUUGAAGGUUGAAGUAUAUGAUAUUUUAAGGGAAAAAAUGGUUGUUGCAGAGACAAUUGAUUGUAUUAAGUCAGCAUUGUUAACCCUUGCUGAAUCGUUAUUAAGUCGUAAGUAUGACAUGCGUUUAUCUUUUCCCAAGUUGCGUUGGAAAAAUUAUGUUGAAGAAAAGGGUUCCAUCUCUCGACUUGCUAUUUUGUUAAGUGUUUUAGAUAAUUCCAUCAAUUGGAAAAACAGGGAACAAGUUGGUAAUACUUCGUUUAAAGGUGAGCUUUGUGUUGAUAAUGGCGAAAAUAAAGCAGCUGAUUUUGUGGUAUGA